GACACGCACCAGCCAGUCGAUUACUACUACUAGUACGUGCAAACAAUGGAACUAUUAUUUUAUUGGGCCUGCUUAAGCAAAUAGUUAUAGUAAACAUAUGUGCGUGUAUUGUUUAACUUUCAGGUAACUUGGCCUUAAUCAUUGGUUUGUCGGCUGCAAGUGGCCCAUUCAUUCUACUUUUGGUUCUUUGCAUACUCGUAUUGUCAAGUGAUUUUCAGGAACAAAAGCUGAGGAUGUUGAGACGGAAGUUCUUAACUCAAAUCCGUGAACAACUGCUGAAGCAGUUGGUAUCUCAUAGGGCAGACAUCGCAGAGAGGAUGCUCAUUUCGUUAGAAGAGCUACAGAAGGCUACCAACAAUUUUGAUCAAGCUCGAAGGCUUGGUGGUGGAGGGCAUGGCACUGUCUACAAAGGGAUCUUGUCAGACUUGCAUGUUGUGGCUAUAAAGAAGUCAAAUAUUGUUGUCAAAAGAGAAACUGUCGAGUUCAUCAAUGAAGUUGCGAUACUCUCACAGAUCAACCAUAGGAAUAUUGUAAAGCUUCGUGGGUGUUGCCUCGAGAUAGAAGUCCCUUUAUUGGCAUACGAGUUCAUUUCCAAUGGAACACUUAGUGAUCAUCUUCACACGGAAGAACCAAGAUCGUUAACUUGGAAAGAUAGGUUAAGGAUCACAACCGAAACAUGCAAAGCUCUUGCAUACCUUCACUCUGUUGUUUCAGUGCCCGUAAUACAUAGAGAUAUCAAGCCUUCCAACAUACUUCUUGAUGAUGCCUUGACAGCAAGAGUGUCAGACUUUGGAGCUUCAAGGUACAUUGCCAUGAAUCAAACAGGAACAACAACUGCAGUGCAAGGAACUAUAGGUUACUUGGAUCCUACAUAUUAUUAUAGCAGACGCCUCACAGAAAGUAGUGAUGUUUAUAGCUUUGGAGUUCUUCUUAUUGAAUUGCUUACUAGGAGGAAGCCAUCUUUGUAUAGAUCCAAUGAAGGCGUUGGGCUUGUCAUAGAUCCAAUGAACCGGGACUAA